GUCCCCGCCGCCAGGUCCCGCCGGAGGCUCCGGUCCCACGGCCCGGGGUUAGAGCCGCGCCCGGCGGCGGGAGCGGGGCCAUGGGGACGGCGUCGUCCCUGGUGAGCCCGGCGGGCGCGGUCGGGGAGGUGAUCGAGGACACGUACGGCGGCGGCGAGGCCUGCGAGAUCCCGGUGGAGGUGAAGCCCAAGGCGCGGCUGCUGCGCGGGUCCCUGAGGCGCGUCGGCGGCUCCCGGCCCGGCGGGCUCAUCGGCGCCAGCUUCAAGUCCACGGCCUCGGUGCAGGAGCUGGAGUGCGUGGCCGAGUACGAGCGCCUGAGGAAGGAGUACGAGAUCUUCCGCGUCAGCAAGAACAACGAGGUGGCCUCCAUGGUGAAGAAGGAGGCCAAGCUGGACAGGGAGAACAAGCGGCUGCGCGCCGAGCUGCAGGCCCUUCAGAAAACUUACCAGAAAAUACUUAGGGAGAAGGAAAGUGCCUUAGAAGCUAAAUACCAAGCAAUGGAGAGAGCUGCUACUUUUGAACAUGAUCGAGACAAGGUCAAAAGGCAAUUCAAGAUUUUUAGAGAAACUAAAGAAAAUGAGAUUCAGGACUUACUGAGGGCCAAACGAGAGCUAGAAGCAAAACUCCAGAGGCUCCAGGCCCAAGGAAUCCAAGUGUUUGAUCCUGAAGAGUCUGAUUCUGAUGAUAAUUGUACAGAUGUUACAGCUACUGGGGCACAAUCUGAAUACUGGAAUGGAGGAGCGUUGGGAAGUGAGCCAUCCAUGGGUAGUAUGAUGCAACUUCAGCAGUCUUUCAGAGGGCCUGAAUUUGCCCAUAGCUCCAUAGAUGUGGAGGGACCAUUUGCAAAUAUAAACAGAGAUGAUUGGGAUGCUGCUGUUGCCAGUUUAUUACAGGUUACUCCUCUGUUUUCCCAUUCUCUAUGGAGUAACACAGUAAGAUGUUACAUUAUUAGUACUGAUGAGACUCAACCAGAAGUGAACAUCCUUAUUAGAAACUACUCUCCAAAACUUCAAAGAGUCUGUGAAACAAUGGGGUACUUCUUUCAAGUUGUUCAUUUUUCAUCAGAAAAUGAAAGGCCUCUUCAGGAUGUAAGAAAAUGGGAAAUUGAAAAAAGUUCGAUAGUCAUUUUGCUCCUGCAUUUAACUUUGCCAAGUUGUUUGUUGGAGGACUGUGAAGAAGCCUUCUUGAGAAAUCCAGAAGAAAAACCCCGGUUAAUUUACCUCAGAAAGGAGGAUGACAGAGUCAGUUCAGUCUCGGUGCAACAGUUAAUCGAGCAAAUUUCUUACGUGAACAAAGCAAAGAUUAUUGACCACGUUGGAGGUGUGGAGGAAGGAGCAUAUGAAAUCUAUAGUUGUGUGGAAAAAAUAAUUAAACAGGUAGAGUAUAUGAUGCAUUUUUAUUUUGAACGUCUAAAUGACCUAGUAGCUGCAUCAGCACCAAUUCCACCGCUGCUUGUAUCAGGAGGACCAGGCUCUGGGAAAUCUCUCCUCCUGUCAAAAUGGAUUCAAUUACAACAGAAGCAUUCACCAAACACUCUAAUUCUUUAUCACUUUGUUGGGAGGCCCAUGUCUACUAGUUCAGAAUCUGCGCUGAUAAUUAAACGCCUUACUUUGAAGCUUAUGCAACACUCUUGGUUAGUGUCACCUCUGACUUUUGAUCCAGCUAAACUUCUGGAAGAAUUUCCCCGUUGGCUGGAAAAACUUUCUGCACGCCAUCAUGGCAGCAUUAUUAUAAUUAUUGAUUCUAUUGACCAAAUACAGCAAGCUGAGAAGCAUAUGAAGUGGUUGAUAGAUCCACUGCCAGUGAACGUGAGAGUGAUUGUGUCAGUGAAUGUAGAAACGUGUCCCCAGGCCUGGAGGUUAUGGCCCACUCUUCAUCUUGAUCCACUGAAUUUCAAAGAUGUUAAAGCUCUCAUUAGUGCAGAAUGUAGCUCUGCAAAUGUUAAAUUGACUAAAGAGCAGGAGAAGAAGCUUGAGAGACACUGUCGUUCUGCCACAACUUGCAAUGCUUUGUAUGUCACUCUCUUGGGCAAAACCAUUGCUUGUGUUGGAAAUACAGGAAAUAUUGACGAAAUCCUUCAGCAGUGUUGCCAAUGUCAAGACACAGUGUCAUUGUACAGGCUUGUUCUGAGAUCAAUUCAAGAAUCAUUGCAGAGUGAUAAAGAGAAAGGUCUUUUGAGAGAGAUACUGUGUGUCAUCGGUGUCAGCCACAACGGCGUGAGUGAGUCAGAGCUGAUGGAGCUUUAUCCUGAGCUGACUUCUGCAGUCUUAGCCUCACUCCUUCACAGCCUGCACAAAAUGUGUUUGCUGACAUAUGGCUGUGGUUUGCUGAAGUUCCAGCACCUCCAGGCUUGGGAGAUGGUGAAACUAGAGUAUAUGGAAGAAGGUGAAAAUGUUAUUUCUGCCUAUAGACAGAAACUAGUGGAGUAUUUCACCAUGCAGUUAAGUCGAGACCGAGUGACUUGGAGAAGCGCAGAUGAACUUCCCUGGCUCUUCCAACAGCAGAAUGAUAAGCAAAAGCUACACAAGUGUCUUUUGAAUCUCUUUGUAUCCCAAAACCUUUACAAAAGGGGACAUUUUGCAGAAUUGCUGAGUUACUGGCAGCUGGUUGGGAAAGAUAAGAGCUCUAUGGCAGCUGAGUAUUUUGACUCUCUGAAAGAAUAUGAAAAAAACUGUGAGGGAGAGGAAAGUAUGAUCUGCCUGGCUGAUCUUUAUGAGACCCUGGGACGGUUUCUUAAGGACCUAGGUCUUCUCAGUCAGGCUGUAGCUCCUCUGCAGCGAUCUCUGGAGAUUCGAGAGACUGCGCUGGAUCCAGACCACCCCAGGGUGGCACAGUCACUUCACCAGCUAGCAGGAGUGUAUGUUCAGUGGAAGAAGUUUGGAAAUGCUGAGCAGCUGUAUAAACAGGCACUGGAAAUCUCUGAAAACGCAUAUGGAGCUGAACACCCUCGUGUAGCCCGUGAACUUGAUGCGCUUGCGACCUUGUACCAAAAGCAGAACAAAUAUGAACAGGCUGAGCAGCUGAGGAAAAAGUCCUUCAAAAUACGGCAAAGAGCAGCAAGGCAGAAAGGCAGUUUGUGUGGCUUUGCUCUCCUGCGUCAAAGAGCCCUGCAAUUGGAAGAGCUCACGCUGGGCAAGGACACACCAGAUAAUGCUCGAACCCUUAAUGAGCUUGGAGUCCUCUACUACCUGCAGAACAAUCUUGAGGCAGCGGAGCUUUUCCUGAAGCGCUCCUUGGAAAUGCGAGAGAGAGUCCUGGGAUCCGACCACCCGGACUGUGCACAGUCUUUGAACAAUCUGGCAGCCCUGUACAAUGAGAAGAAGUACUAUGACAAGGCCGAGGAGCUCUAUGAGAAAGCCUUGGACAUCAGGAGGAGAGCGUUAGCUCCAGAUCAUCCCUCCUUGGCUUACACUGUGAAACACCUGGCGGUGCUGUACAAAAAAAUGGGAAAACUUGACAAGGCUGUUCCUCUGUAUGAGCUAGCAGUUGAAAUUCGACAGAAGUCAUUUGGCCCGAAACACCCCAGUGUAGCAACUGCUCUGGUAAAUCUGGCUGUCCUUUAUUGUCAGAUGAAAAAACAGGUUGAAGCUUUGCCUCUUUACGAACGUGCAUUAAAGAUUUAUGAAGACAGCUUUGGCCACAUGCAUCCUCGUGUGGGGGAAACACUGAAAAACUUGGCUGUGCUAAGCUAUGAAAGAGGAGACUUUGAGAAGGCAGCUGAACUUUACAAGAGAGCUAUGGAAAUAAAAGAAGCAGAGACUUUGUUGAUAGGUGGUAAAGCAACUUCUCGACAUUCAUCGAGUGGAGACACAUUCAGCUUAAAAAGUGCAUUAUCACCAAAUAUUUUCCUGGAACAUGGACAAAGGUGAUAUAAACCUGCUUCAAGAAAAUGCAGUCUCUAUUGAUAUGUUAAAGCAGACAGAAAAUUCCCAAGACAAAUCCAUUUUUUCUAAGGAUUACAUACUAUUUUGGGACCGACACCUGUCUUCAUGAAUGACAGGGAAACAAAUGCUUCAGCUUGAAAUCCUCCAACUCUGCAGGCUGUAUGGUACGAAGUGAGCUGCUUUCAUUGUAUAUAGGUGCACAUAUUAGUUGCUUGCUCAAGUUAUAGCUAAUACCAAGAAUAUGGACUUGAUACCUCUUAGCCUAAGUGCCAGGAUUAAAACAAGUUAAGCUGAACCAUAGUUUGUAUAAACUCUAUGGGGUAGUUCUUAUUUCUGUGCUGUAAUAGCAUGGCUUAGAGGAUUUAUGUAUUUUCGCUUCAUCAAUCCUUUCUCACUUUUCAGAAGCCUUUAAAGUUGUUUCUGAACAGAUGGUAAUUUUGAAAAAUUUUUGAAAAUACUGUUCCACUGAAAGUUUUACCUGCAGGGUUAUUUCAGCUUUAAGCAAACUUGCAUUCAAGGGACUUGUGCAAAAUUAAUUGCUUUCCUUGGGAAGCUAACAUAUCUACAUGUAUCAUCAUUUACAGUUAAAGCUGUUGUCAGAUUCCACUCUGUUCUGUAAAAAUAUUUCCAGUGAGGAAUCAGAAUGGAGAUGAUUGUGGCCCAAUUACCUGUUGUUAAACCUUUAGUGAUAUUUUCACUGUUUAAUGUCACUCAAUCCCUUAAAAUACAUGAAGUGUUUGUAUUUGCUGGGAAAACCUAGUGAUGCAAAAUAGUUUGCCAUCAGAUACAGAGAUGAUAAACC